CUAACGGUGUCUGCACCUUGAAAUGCUUACCUCCGGAUACCUUCUACCGGAUACCUAAUUCUUACCACACUUAUUGUGGUCCACCUUCGUUUUCCAUCUACAGGUCUCUCAGUGUGUUGUCGUUGUCGACCACCACCUUCCGCUCGCUCUCGCCUGUUUACAAUUCCAAUUUGAUUAUUACUUUUAAUUCCAUAAUCAAGACCGGUCGCAUUCUUCCAACAUGCACUACUCUGCUGCUCUUGCGGCCGUUGUAGCCGUUGCCCCCAUCGUUAGUGGCCAUGGAACCGGCCUCCCUAACAUUGUCGGGUUAGAUCCAAAGGACAUCAAGGCUCGCGACUUGCUUUCUGGUAUCGGAGCACGAUUCACUGGCGUCAACGAGAUCGCCAAUGCCAAGAACAAGGUCAAGACACAAAUUGGCCGCCGCCAGGACGACCGCCAGUGUGGAGCUGGCAUUGGCAACUGCCCUGCUGGCCAAUGCUGCUCACAAGCCGGCUACUGCGGAAAUGAUAGCGACUACUGCUUCUCUCCCGGCUGUGACUACAAGCAUGGCCCAGCUUGCCCAGAGAACGUGACACCAGCCGGCACCAGCACCGCCUCGAUUGCCCGUACUAAGUCUGGAAACGUCGAGUUUGGUGGCAACGGUAUCUACAGCUGCACCAAACCAGGAACCGUUGCUCUCACCUACGAUGACGGCCCGCAGAAGGUUUUCACUAGUCACAUUCUUGAUGUCAUGGCUUCCUACAACGCCAAAGCUACCUUUUUCAUUACUGGUAACAACAUCGGCAAGGGCCAAAUUGAUAUCACCCCUGAAUUCACCCAAGUCAUCAAGCGUAUGGACGCUGAAGGCCACCAGCUCGCUUCGCACACCUGGACUCAUUUGGAUCUGAGCGCCAUCUCCUCGCAGGAUCGCCACGAUCAGAUGAUUAAGAACGAGAUGGCUCUGCGCAACAUUGUUGGCAAAAUCCCCACUUACAUGCGUCCUCCCUACUCCAGCUGCACUGCCGAGUCUGGCUGCGAGAAAGACAUGGCUGACCUUGGCUACCACGUCACCUACUUCGACGUGGACACUGAUGACUAUGAGCACGAUGACCCUACUCUGAUUCAGUACUCCAAGGACGUUUUCAAGGGCAACGUUUCCUCUGGUAGGCCCGCCAGCAGCCAGUGGCUCGAGAUUGGCCACGACAUCCACGAGCAGACUGCCAUGAACUUGACCGAAUAUAUGCUCUCCACUCUUACCCAGCUCGGCUACAAAGCCGUUACUGUCGGUGAAUGCCUUGGCGACCCUGUCGAGAACUGGUACCGCAAGGCUGGUGGCGCUAGCACCGGCGGUUCCACUUCUGGAGGCGCAAAGCCUACUUCUGCCAGCGCAAAGCCUACCUCUGCUGCCCCUGCUCCCACUGGAACCAAGAAGGUGUCCACUGAUGCUACCUGCGGUGGCACCAAGGGAUUCACCUGCACAGGAUCCGCUUUCGGUAAGUGCUGCAGCUCUGCAGGUUGGUGCGGUAGCAACAACGAUUACUGCGGCACUGGCUGCCAGACCGGCUUCGGUACCUGCGGUAACAGUGCCGGCUCAACCACCUUGAGCACUGCUGCUGCUGCGCCCAAGCCCACCACCGCCGCUGCUAAGGCUUCCACCGACGGAACCUGUGCUGGAACCUCGGGCUUCACUUGCACCGGUUCGACGUUUGGAAACUGCUGUUCGCAGUAUGGAUGGUGUGGAAGCACCGCUGAUCACUGCGGCACUGGUUGCAAUGGUGCCUUUGGAAAGUGCACUUAAGCUGACAAUUGCCAACUCCUUAACCGUCAUAGCAGGGAGGUUUUCUUUUAAAGCAUCUUGGGAAAAAGUUGUCUCGGAAGAGAAGAGAUGAGAGUAGAUGUGCAGCUCUUUUUCUGUAUUAGCCUGAGAGCAAUAUGCAAGUUCCGUCCAACGAUAUCACGAGGUAAAAAAGCUAGUUUUUAACCACAAUCUUUUUUCCUUGAACAAAUGCCCUGCUACAGUCC